GUCGGGCUUCAGAGGAGAUUUGGGGUGGAUUUUUCUAAUGAUUCGAAAUUGGAAUCGACCACCUCAGGUGAGGCUGCUGCUGCGUGUCUUGUUUGAAGCCAGAUCUUGAAAAUGGUAACGAGGAUCAUGAUAUUAGUUAGGUUUUGAUUCAUGAAUAGAUUAUAAAUAAAUGAAUUUUAUUAUAAGUAAAUAAAUAAAAUCUAUUUUAUUGUAUUUUGGAUCCAUAACAAAUUGAAUUUAAUUUAAAAAUUUUCUUAUUUAUUAAUGCAUAUCGAGUGUGGACUAGCUGCUUGUAAAAUAUUAGUAUAAUUUAUAUGAACAGCUUAACACUACCCAUAAAUGUGCUGGAAUUAUAUUUAUAUCAAGUAUAAUAUAUUAUAUAGUUUUCCAAUUGCGGACAAUUCUUCUCAAAAUCAUUCCUAUACUUUAUUAUUAUUAUUAUUUUCUCAAUAACGUUCCAAUAGUUCCAGUUUAGAUAGAUCCAUAGCUGCGUCAGGCCUCAUUUUUUGACCAGCGUUUUAUAUUAUUUUUUUAUCACGUACAUUGUUUAUGAACUCUUUAGUCACUGGCUUGUCUUUAUGUCAUCACCUUAUCGAUUUACUUAGCGCCAGUCAACAACUAUAUUUGGAUAUACACGAAAAAUGUUAAUGAAUAUUUUUGUUUUGUUUUAUUUUUUCUAAAUUUCUUCGAACUUAUACAUACAAUUGCAUACUGAUAUACGAGUAUAUAAAGGUAUAGUCUAAUGUACAUGUACGUAUAAGUGAAACUACAGUAAGUCGAUAACGUCAUCCCGAAAUAAUUAGAGGAAAUCAAAUCACGUUAGAAUCCCAUGCAUGUGGAAAGUUGAAAAAAGUACUAAUGUUUAAUGCUGAAGAGAUAAAAAAAUCGAAUGACAUAUAGAGGAGACAGAUAUGCAAAUUAAAGGUGGAGCAUACUAUAAGCUGUUUCUUUGGGUUCAAGUUGCUUAAAAAAGCUCCUGGGAUCUGUGGGAAAUCAGAAUAUGAUUGAAUAACAAGUCCAUUAUUUAAUGCUUGAACCCCUAUAUAUAUAUAAACAACUAGAACCCGUACACCGGCUAUGGCGUCAAGAAGUGUUAACUUCUUGGUAGGUUCUUUUUUAUUAUUAUUAUUAUUUUUUAAUAAUUUUUUUCCUCCUUACAUUUGAAGGUGACUCAUCAUAUGUUAUUAAAUUGAAAAUUUUUGCGAAAUAUGCGUCAGCAUGUCGCAAAUUUCUCAUCUUAACGUGGUGCUGCUUUGGUGCUUCCGCAACAAAUCUUAGACCAAUCUUGCCGUCACCGCUCAAUUUGUCUCUGAUUUAACCAUUUUCCAUGAAUAAAGUGACCAAUUCUGUAAUUUUCUGAGCAUUCGUCCAUUUUGUCAACUCAUACUCUCUUAUUCAAUUCCAAGUUUUGAACUCGUAGACAAGCGACCCAUUUGAGGCAGGGUCAACAGCUCUCUCUUUCUCUCUGUUGAUAUAAAUUUGAACCCAGACAAUCGCCAUAGUUAUCCAUAUUGUCCCAAAUGGAGAGAACCCGGGAAAUUGCACUGAUCCAGAUGAGGAAAUCAGUGGAGAAGCUUGGCUCUUGCACCCAGAUGUAUGCGUUUGGAUUUGCAGAAGUAUGGGGACCCAACGUUAAUGAGAUUCUUGAUUGCAAGAUCAAUGGACCCAGAAAAGGCAGCUAAGAUGUUUGUUCAGUGGCAAAAAUGGAGGGCUGCAUUUGUUCCAAAUGGGUUUAUCCCAGAAUCUGAAGUUCAUGAUGAAUUAGAAACAAGAAAGGUAUAUUUGCAAGGCUUAUCGAAGGAGGGAAAUCCAGUGUUGAUUGGGAAAUUAAACAAGCACUUUCCAUCAAAGGAUCUUCUCCAGUUCAAGAAGUUCGUCGUUCAUCUGCUAGACAAAGCAAUUGCAAGUGGAUUCAAAGGAAGAGAAAUAGGAAAUGAGAAGUUAGUUGCUGUUCUUGAUCUGCAACACGUAACCUAUAAGAAUGUUGAUGUGCGUGCAUUUAUCGCUGGAUUUCAAGUAUUGCAGGGUUACUAUCCAGAGCGAUUGGCGAAGCUUUUCAUUUUGAAUAUGCCAAGAUUCUUCGUCAGUGUUUGGAAGAUGAUUUCUCGAUUUCUCGACAAAGCAACACUGGAAAAGAUUGUAAUUGUCAGCAAAGAAGAAGAAAGAAGAAACCUUAUUAAGGAAAUUGGUGAAGAUACCUUACCAGAAGAGUACGGUGGUCGAUCAAAUCUUGUAGCUCUCCAAGAUGUUAUAUUGCCCUUGUUGGAAGAUUGAUCCUAAAAUAGGUAAAAAGGAGAGGCUGCUAUAAAUAGUGAAAUUUUUUAUCUACUCAUUUAAUAAGCUCCAUAACCGUAGGUAAUAUUCACCCUUUUCAUAACCUUUCCUAAUAAGCUAAAUAAUAAAAUACUGCUCACUGUAACCUUCGUGAAGUACUUGAACUUGAAAUCUUUUAAUAAACUUUUCGAUUUCUGAA